AUGUCUCAAACUACGACUUCCGCUCACUCGAAGACGACCAUGCUUGUGGGAGACCAGUCUUUGGACGUCGCCGAGCUCGAAGAAAUCAGAUUGGAAAGUGUCAUUGCGAAGGAUCAACUCGAGAUGGCCAAGGUUUUGAAGGCAGCGGAGUCUCAGGGAUUCUUCUAUGUCACUUUCAACGAUGACCUCUCGGAGAAAGUCUCAAGAGCCCUCCAAACCUCUUACCGGACCUCGCAUGAGUAUUUUGCCAAGCCAUUAGAAGAGAAGAUGAAGGCAUUUCAAGAGGAUGUCAUUCAGGGCUACAAACGCGCCGGCAUUGAAUCUUUCGAAAUCCCACGAGAUGAACAGAACCGAAUGACUUUGCCGAGCCCCUUCGCAGAACACGCUGAGGAGAUACUAGAUCUUUCCAAUAUCUGCGACACCAUUGUACGCACACUUCUCCGCAGCAUUUCCGAUAGCCUUGGUCUUGGUGAACCCUCGAGUCUGGAAACUGCUCAUCGCCCCGACGUGAAAAGCGACUCGGGAAUAAAGUUCGUCUCUGGUCCAACCAAGGCAUCCCUUUCUGAUGUACCCGAUACUACCCACACCGAUUCUGGCUCGAUCACCUUGCUCUGGUGCGAGAAAUGGGCUAGUCAGAUGCGCACCAAGGAAACGAAAGAGUGGUUAUGGAUAGAUCCUAAACCGAAUCGUGUCUUGGUCAACCUCGCAAACUAUCUGCAAGAUCAGACCGGAGGUCGCUUGCACUCCCCAGUCCAUCGAGUGAGCCAGCCGUUGGGUGGUGUUGAGGACAGAUACUUUGUGUCUUAUUUCUUCAGACCGAAUCAUUGA